GAAAGGUGAUGAAAUUAUUUACUAACUUAUGAUUUGGGGUAGCCACAUUGACUUUUCUUUCUCUCUUGAAUUUAAUGUGAUGUGUGUGGCUAAGGCGCAAUUGUAGUAACAAUAUUGCCCUUUUCUCUUUUCCAUCCUAUCAUAUGUUAGCAGCCCUUUUUCUAUUUAACACUUUCAGACAGGUUUCUGUCAGCCACCCACCCUACCCAAUGCAGAGGAAAAUGGGAAGGCAUCCAUGUUCUGAUAAAGAGGGGAUCAAGAAAGGCCCCUGGACUCCUGAAGAAGACAUCAUUUUGGUGUCAUAUAUUCAAGAACAUGGCCCUGGAAAUUGGAGGGCAGUACCUACAAAUACCGGUUUGUUGAGAUGCAGUAAGAGUUGCAGGCUGAGAUGGACUAAUUACCUCAGACCAGGAAUCAAGAGGGGCAAUUUCACCCCACAUGAAGAAGGGAUGAUCAUCCAUCUCCAAGCACUGUUAGGCAACAAAUGGGCUGCUAUAGCAACAUACCUCCCACAAAGAACAGACAACGACAUCAAGAACUACUGGAACACUCAUCUGAAGAAGAAGCUCAAGAAAUUCCAGUCACCUUUGGAUAAUCCCCAAAUGCCAGUGUCUGAUCACAUCUCAACAGUACCUUAUAAUAAUCACCAGUUCAUGUCUAAAACUUACACUACUCAUCAUCAUGAACAGAAUAGUACUAAUGAUGAGAUCAACAUCAAGAACCAGUAGCAAAACCCUUCUUCAUCGUCGUCAUCAUAUGCGUCCAGUGCAGAAAACAUAUCAAGACUCCUGGAGACAUGGAUGAAAUCAUCCAACCGUGAAAACGGGGAAUUCCCAACUGAGUUCAGUGAAAAUGGGAUUAGUAGAUUCAGCACUGAUCAAGAACUUAAGGGGGGUUUUGAGCAUGGUGAGAGGAUGAAAAUGGACAGCAUUCCUCCAUUGUUGUUUCUUGAGAAAUGGCUGAUGGAUGAAAGUGGAGGCCAAGUUGAAGGAGACAGCUGCAUGAACGUUGUUUUUCCAAGUUUGAGUUGAAUCAGUUCUAAAUAUGUUGGAAUAGUUAUGAUCUUUGAGAAUGUAUUUUGUUUUCUUCUAGGGUUUCAUCAAC